AUGGAAAGUAAAGGCAUCAUGAAAGCCGAUGGCCAGGCGGCAAAGCCAGGCCAGCCCUCAAAACCCGUGGCUGUUGUGAAGCCCAUGAGAUACGUGACCCCAGCUUUUACAGAUGACGUCGGACAGAGAGACCAAGGCCCCCGUGAAGGACGAAGCCAGCAGGCCGAGCGAGGUCGCCUCAGGGGGUCAGACCUUCCCGGAGAGAGACGCGUGCCCAGACCCAGUCUGCGUGUGGAGUCGGAUCACCGUGCCGAGCCCAGACACCGUGUGGAAGGAGAAGCCAGGCAGGCCCCAUCCUUCGCUUCUACUGGGGCAGCGACAGGGCACGGCCAAGACGCAGGCCUCCACGCGGUGCAGCCUGGGGUCGGAAUCCAGGUGGUGCCCGAUGCCUCCGGGUACUGGGUCCUCACAAAUUCCCCCACUUCAGCCAUCUAUCCCUGCCUAGGGUUCCGACCUCCGGAGGGUUCUAGUUUGCUCUUUACACAGACCCCGUCCGGUACCUUCGUGUACGGGGUCCCAGAAUUUUUUACCCACAUUGCGCACUGA